CUGCAUGUUCUGCAGAUUAUGUAAGUCACUUAAUUCUAUCAAUAUUGAGAAUAGACUAUAUCAUUUCAGAGCUAAACCUGGAUCCAAGCUAGCUAUGAGAAGUAAAAGUCGAAGACUGCCUCAAAGCACGCUUGAAAGUUCAAAUGCAAGUUCAACUCGAAACUAUAAUUUGGUUGUCAGUCGACUGUUGGCGGUUUUGAUUCAACUACGCAAACUUCGAAAUUUGGAGUUUAUCCCAAUCAAUUUGGCACUCUUCACUACAAACUUCGAACCAAUCCCGGAUAGUGGAUUUUGA